UUAAUUCCUGUGAGCCCAUAUGUGUCACUGAUUUUUCUUUCUUUCCUUGUGUUUUUAAAUACAUUUUGAUCACAUAGAUCAUACCUUGGGGGUUAUUUGGUCUAUUUUCUGCAUGGUGAAGUAGUGGGUGACUCUGGGCUUUAGGCAACUGAAGAGUAGAAGUCUGUGAGUAGAGGAAAGUGAGUCUGAGGACAGAAUCUCAAGGUGGAGCAGAUGGGGCUGGGCUCUCCAAGCAAUAUAGGUCAUUGUCCUGGGGUGUCACCACAGGCCAGCAGGGAGCUGAGUUCCAUAGUUGAAGCUGAAACCAGGCUCAGGAACUCAUGGCCCUGCCCCUGAAUGGUGGGGUUAGCCAUACCUCUGCAUACCCCAUGCAGCCCUCAGCCCUGUGUGUCUUCCUCAACUGACUACUUCCUGCACAAGCAGGUGUGAGAGUGAAGGAAAGGGAGGAAGGGCCCUGUACAGCCAAUGGCGAUAAUCACAUAUCCCACGAGAGAGGAAAAUACCAAAAAUGUGAACCUAAGAGGUCAACUUAAAAGAGCCUGAGGAGACAACUGGGCUUCCAAAGUCUGAAGUCCCAGAAAUGUCACUUUCAUGCAUACAUCCAUCCAUCUGUCCAUCCCUCCCUUGCUCCCUCUAUCCACUCAUCCAUCCAUCCAUCCAUCUCUCACCCAUUUGUCCAUCCACCCACUCAUCCGUCAUCCCACCCACAUGCUUAGAGGUGACUCCAACCUGUGGAGACCUAAGGGGUCUCAUCAAUCCCUGGCUAAUGUGCAAGGGUGGCUCCAACCCCCAGGAGAAGGGACCAAGUAAAGUAGAACAAAUUCUGGCCUAAAAGUCCAGAGCCCUGGGUUCUCUUCUUAGCUCUCCCAUUAGCUAGCCAUGUGAAUCAGGUUAUAUGAUUUGACUGUCCAAGACCUCAGAAUUUUCCUCACCUGUAAAAUGGAGACAGUUGCACCAAAAGGUGUGUGUGUGGGGGGGGUGCUUUCCAGUACUAACAUUCCGUGGCCAAUCCUUUGGUCCCUGAUGUCACAAUAGGGAGCUGGUUCAUAAUUGGCCCAUAGCCUCCUCCAGCUCUGCUAUUCUCUUGAUCAUGGGAACAAGAUGGACUCACCCUGGACCUUCCCUUCUUGUGCUUCUCUGUUAUGGGCAGCUCUUGCUAUUGCUCAAGACUGUGGGUGAUCUGGGUUUAAAUGAAUUGUACAAUGAAACUGAGGCAAAGCUGUUUCUGCAGUUUUAUGAGCAAACAGCCCAGGUUGUGUUGAACCAGUUCAUGGAGACCACUUGGAACUAUGUCACCAACAUCACCAAGCCAAAUCAGGAGAAAAUGCUGCAGAAGGAGGUGGAGAGGACCCAGUUCAUGACAUACUUUGGCACCCGGGCCCGCCUGUUUAAGAUCACCCAAUUCCAGGACCCGGCUGUGAAGCGCAUGCUGAGUAAGCUGCAGGACAUAGACAAGGCGGCCUUGCCCAAGGACGAACUCCAGGAGUACAACAAGCUUCUGGCCUACAUGGAGACGACGUACAGUAUGGGCCAGGUGUGUCUGGAUGAAGGGCCUUGCAUGACCCUGGAGCCUGACCUUGAAGAGAUCAUGGCCACCUCCAGGGACCGGAAGGAGCUGCUGUGGGCCUGGCAGGGCUGGCGAGAUGCUGUAGGUCGCCAGCUGCGCCCCAUUUUCGGGCGCUAUGUGCAGCUCAGCAACAAGGCUGCGCGGCUCAAUGGCUACAAAGACAUGGGGGCUUUGUGGCGCUCCAAGUAUGAGUCUGACACCUUGGAGCAAGACUUGGAGCAGCUCUACCAGGAGCUACAACCACUCUACCUGAACCUGCAUGCCUAUGUGCGCCGUGCCUUGUACCGCUACUAUGGGUCAGAGGUCAUCAACACACGGGGACCCAUCCCUGCCCACCUCCUGGGAAACAUGUGGGCUCAGUCCUGGGUCAACAUCCUAGACCUGGUCCUGCCCUAUCCUCAGACGCCUCCAGAGGAUGUCACGAAGAUCAUGAAAGGCCAGCACUGGAAGCCUGAGAAAAUGUUUGCAGAAGCAGACAUGUUCUUUACCUCCUUGGGGCUGCUAGCUGCCCCACCUGAUUUCUGGAAAAAAUCUAUGCUGGAGAGGCCAACUGAUGGGCGGGAAGUGGAAUGCCAUGCCUCUGCCUGGGACUUCUACAAGGGCAAUGAUUUCAGGAUAAAGAAGUGCACCGAGGUGACCAUAGAAGACCUGCUCUCCAUCUUCCACCAGAUGGGCCAUAUCCAGUACUUCCUGCAGUACCAGAACCUCUCUAUACUCUUCCGCACAGGCGCCAACCCAGCCUUUGAAGAGGCCGUGGGGUCGAUGAUCACCCUCUCGGCCUCCUCCCAUAAGCACCUGCUCAACAGAGGCCUGCUCAGCCUCCAGCACCAGAAUUCAGAGGAGGAGGUCAACUUCCUGAUGGGCAUUGCCCUGGAGAAGAUUGCCCUCAUCCCCUUCAGCUACCUGGUGGACUUAUAUCGCUGGAAGGUCUUCGAUGGCACCAUCCAGAAGAACAUCUACAACCAGGAGUGGUGGAAGCUCAGGUUGACGUACCAGGGCCUGUGCCCCCCCACUCCACGGUCAGAAGAAGACUUUGACCCAGGUUCCAAGUUCCAUGUUUCUGCCAGUGUGCCCUACAUACGGUACUUCAUCAGCCUAGUGCUCCAGUUCCAGUUCCACGAAGCGCUGUGCAAGGCCUCAGGCCAUGUGGGCCCCCUGCACCGGUGUAACAUCUAUAACUCCAAGAUGGCUGGGAAGAUCCUGGGGGAUGUCCUGAAGGUAGGCUCCAGCAGGCCCUGGCCAGAGGUCCUAAAGGAGCUGACUGGGAAGUCCAAGGUGUCUUCAGAGGCCUUCAUGAACUACUUCAAGCCACUGUUGAACUGGCUGGUGACUGAGAACGUGCAGCAUGGGGAAAUCCUGGGCUGGCCAGACUACAGCUGUUCUUUUGAAGGAAGAGGUGCAAACAAAGUGGUCUUCCUGGGUAUGGAAGUGGACCUUAAGGGGUUCAAGCCUGCACUAUGGAUACUGCUGGUCCUGGGCCUUUUAUUGCUUCUGAUAGUACUGUUGCUAGCCUGCAGGCUGUACUACCUGGAAAAACAGUCAGUGGCAGUCAAAAAGGUGCCCAAAACCACCCAGGCUACCCGAAGACAGUGGUUUCUGGUGGGUCUGUGUUUCAUCAUGAUGCCAUGUGUCAUCAGUCUGAUCAUUUGGAGCCUCAUACAGCACAAGAAGUCUUCACGGCUCAGAGAUGAAUGGUGGAGCUGGGACUAGCCAUCACUGAGAUUGCCAGCCUGCCGGGGCAAGCCAGGACACCUCUAUCCCCCAGGAGGCCACACUUGCAACCCUCUCAUUCCCCAGCCACAGUGGCCAACGAAGCCCCCACAAGGCAUUGUGGCUCCAUGUGGCAAAGGCACACCCAGCCCAGGACUCUAAGCCUCUCACCUGGACUCCAGCAAAAGCUUCACUGAGCCUCUGUGGCUAUCCUCCCUUCCCCACCCAUCACUGUAGAGUUUAUUUUGCUAGAAUUAUUUCCUCCAAAUGUCUUCAAACUCUCUUCUAAAUGUCCAACUGCUUAAGAACUUGGUUGUUCAUUGAUUAAAUCUAGCUAUUCAAAAGCGCAUUGAGGGUCUUUGUCAAUUACCCUUUUUUCAACAUUUUUACCUUUCCCACCAUCCAGCUCAAUCCCUCUGCACUGACAUUACCCUUGACCUUUGCCUGAAGUGCACACUCCAUUUUGAAUGCUUGAUCUCCAAGGCUUGGUUCAUGAGACCCUCUGAAAAGCUCUAAGCCCACCAAGAUGCCUAAUGAACAGUGGUCUCCUUCUCCCUCCUCUCCAAGAAGCCUCUUUCAAUAAACUCAACUUUUGUUUCUUCUAGGGUGUUCAUUUUCAAUCAGUACUCAGACACUUGUAUCAGUAGUCACUUGCUAAUAGGUGGUGGUUUUAAAUCUGU